CGACGUCACUCUGGGAUAGGCUGCGAGCCGUCGAGCAACGCCGUCAGUCAACGGGUGUUUCGAGCUUACUAUCUUCGCUCCCGCUCGUAAGUAAAGGCGUUUCAGUAGCUUUAUAAGUCCAACGUGUAUUUCGUGUUUUGACGUGUGUGUUCCAAGUCGUUCGUGUUUUUUCCCGUUUUGCCCUCGCGCUCGUAAGUAGCCAUCUCAAAGUUAAAAAGCGACGCUCGCCGAACUACAACGGAAACUUUUGCCGUGAAGGCCCUGUUUAUCCGUAGCAACAGAACGGGAGCACCGAGGUGGAGAAAGUAUCCUUGCCGUUGCCUGUCGACAGGUUUAGGCUCUGGGAUUAAAGAGAUCGUCUCACUGCUUUCGUCGAAACUGCCGGUGGGAAUUCAUGCCGUGUUGGUUACCUAAAUGCGGUACGAAGCUAAAAUGAUGCCGAUGUUCCUGACUGUAUACCUCAGUAACAAUGACCAACACUUUACUGAGGUUCCCGUUACCCCAGACACUCUGUGUCGGGAUGUGGUGGAGUUGUGUAAGGAGCCGGGAGAAACGGACUGCCACUUGUCUGAGAUGUGGCGCGGAUCUGAGAGGGCUGUAGGUGAUGGUGAGAGGAUGCUGGAUGUCCUCCAGAGAUGGGGACAGCACAGGGGAGAGGUGCGCUUUUUUCUGCGCCACAACCGAGCCCCCAGCAGGGAAUCGGGAGGGUCAAGAGGUUCGGAUUCAAAGAGGAAUGGAGUAAGGGCCCCCACAGACAGAAAACUGGAGAACGGGGUUGCUGCACCUCGGAUGGACAUGACUUUGGCUGAGCUACAAGAGAUGGCUGCCAGGCAGCAGCAGCAGAUCGAGGCUCAGCAGCAAGUCCUCGCUUCCAAGGAGCAGCGACUGCGAUACUUGAAGCAACAGGAGCAGCGCCAGCAGCAGCAGGCAUCUGAGCAGGAGAAAGUCCAGCGCCUCAGAGAAAACGUCGAGAACCAGGAAGCUCGACUCAAGAAGGUCAGGGCCCUCAAGGGCCAGGUGGAGCAGAAACGAAUCAGCAAUGGAAAACUCGUUGAAGAAAUUGAGCAAAUGAACAACCUAUUCCAGCAGAAGCAAAAGGAAUUAGUGAUGGCUGCGUCCAAGGUGGAGGAACUCACUCGACAGCUGGAGUUGCUGAAAAAUAGCAAAAUGGAGAAUAAUCGUGACAACCAAAGCUCAAUGGCAGAACUCGAUCGCCUUUAUAAAGAGUUACAGGUGCGAAAUAAGCUCAACCAAGAUCAAAAUUCAAAGCUGCAGCAGCAGAGAGAGAAUUUAAACAAACGCAACUUGGAGGUGGCCUCUAUGGAUAAACGGAUCACCGAGCUUCGAGACAGGCUUUGGAAGAAGAAAGCAGCCCUUCAGCAGAAAGAGAACGUACCUAAUGGCUAUCCCACUAAAGAGAGGGCUUCCAAAGAAACUCACCGUCAGCUGCCCUCUGAUGGCCAAACUGGACAGCAGUCAGGUCCGUCUCGAGUGGCAGCAGUUGGCCCAUACAUCCAGUCGUCCACCAUGCCCCGGGGUCAGGUCAGACACGACGUGCUUGUGAAACCGACAUACCCAGACGGUACCGCCACCCUUCCAGCCAACGACCUACAGACCAAGGCCGAGACAGAAGCCAUGUUUUUGCUUAAGCCACUGAAAGAGCUGCGAGCUAAAAGAAAAGGUCUUCAGCCUGGAAAGCUGGCAGACUGGAAUGCUCCGACUCAAGAUUCAAACACCAAUGGUUACGGCCACGCUUCGACUCUUCCACGGAUGACUUCUCAUGCCAGCUCUAACACAGACCAAGAUGAGUCUGGAGUGAAGAGGGACAAGAAGGUGCGUCCGUUCUCCAUGUUUGAGCCUGUAGAAGUUCCCGCUGCUUCACUUCGCAAAAACCAGAGCAGUGACGACCUAGUCAGGGAUGCUCAGUCUGCACCCAAGGCUCCAGUCAAGGUGCCGCCUCCUGUCCCCAGUAAACCAAAAGGUCCCGCUGCCAUCCCUUACAUCAAACCAGGCCUCAACACCGGCACUUUCCCCAAGGCCAAGCCUCACAGUCAGCAGCCCCCGGCUGCCCAGGGACGCAGCCCUCUCCCCCCCUCACAAAGUCAGACACUCCCCCUACCCUCCAAGCAGGACACUCCACCCGCUGCUACUGUACGACCCUUCACCCCCGAGCUUCCAUCUCCCAAAGACACCAGCAUGACUAAACCACAGACUGUAGCAGCCAGCUCCAUUUACUCCAUGUACACCCAGCAGGCUGGCUCUGGAAAACCCUUCCAGCCUGGGAUCCAAGGAGCACUGAACAGGGCUCAAACACGCGUGAACGGAUUUGUUGGCGUUUACGGCAAACCGGUGAUUCCAAGUGGAGGCUCGCCACAUCCCGAGAAUCCAUACUUGGAGCGCCACUCGUCUUCCAUGGACACUAAUGACGCUGGUUAUAGUGCAAGUGGUCCCAGUCUGUCCGAAGGGCACCAGCCAGAAACGGAGCGCACUCCUCGUCCCCUCAGCCCCACCAAGCUGCUUCCUUUUAUCUCCAACCCCUACAGGCACCAGAGCGAUGGCGACCUGGAAGCCCUCAGGAAGAAGUUGUACAACGCCCCGCGGCCCCUGAAGAAACGCAGCUCUAUUACUGAGCCGGAGGGGCCAGCAGGGCCCAACAUUCAGAAACUCCUUUAUCAGAAGACGACGCUGGCAGCAAUGGAGACCACUGUGACCACACCAACCACUCCCACGUUUGCCGGAGACGCAGAAAAGCCAGCAGAUGGAUCUGUAGAGCCACAUGGUCCAAGCCCGCUAAACGGUGCAGAAAAAUCCCAGUCAGAGACAGAACAGACGGUAGAGGGGGGACAACUCCCAUCCCACAUCCCAAAUCCCGGAAUCACAACUAUGACUGAAAAAACCAACCUACCUUCAGCCUUGCCAGAGAUCGAGGUUAUUGUCCCCCCUCCUCCACCAUCCCAUCCUGCUCCCAGGCCUGAAGAUGUUCUUUUCCCUCCACCGCCCCCUGAUGGCUUGGAGGACACGAUGCCCAAUCUGCCUCCUCCACCUCCAGAAGGCUUCUUGGAGGAGUUUCCGCCCUACCCUCCACCUCCAUACCCCAGUGGAGCAGAGCAGGACAGCUUUGGAGAGGACACCUUUAACAUGAAGGCCCCUGAGGUCACUGGACAAGUCACACUUCCUCCGGGAAAAAGGACUAAUUUGCGCAAAGCUGGCUCUGAACGCAUCGAUCACAGCAUGAGGGUGAAGUUCAACCCGCUGGCGCUGCUGCUGGACUCGUCUCUGGAGGGGGAGUUCGACCUGGUUCAGAGAAUCAUAUAUGAGGUGGAGGAUCCCAGUCAGCCGAACGACGAAGGCAUCACCGCUCUGCACAACGCCGUCUGUGCUGGACACACGGAGAUAGUCAAGUUUCUGGUCCAGUUUGGUGUCAACGUCAACGCAGCUGACAGCGACGGCUGGACACCUCUGCACUGUGCAGCCUCCUGCAACAACGUGCAAGUGUGCAAGUUCCUUGUGGAGUCGGGCGCAGCAGUCUUUGCCAUGACUUACAGCGACAUGCAGACAGCAGCUGAUAAAUGUGAAGAGAUGGAAGAUGGUUAUACCCAGUGCUCCCAGUUCCUUUAUGGUGUUCAAGAGAAGAUGGGUAUAAUGAACAGGGGCGUGGUCUACGCUUUGUGGGAUUAUACCAGCGAAAACCCAGAUGAACUCUCAUUCCACGAGGGAGACUGCAUGGCCAUCGUUCGUAGAGAAGAUGAAGACGAGAUCGAGUGGUGGUGGGCGCGCCUGGGUGACAGCGAGGGUUACAUUCCCCGCAACCUCCUCGGGCUCUACCCCAGAAUCAAACCAAGACAAAGAACCCUGGCUUAGAACAAAAACACUUGUUCACGUGUCCGGGCCGGCAGAGCUCUGCUAGACACGCGAGCUUCAGAAGGCUGGGGACGGAGAGGACACAGCCGACACAGACGAAUCAAGCAAUAUGAAGGAUCAAUCAUUUCUGGCACUUUUUAAAAUGUGUGACGGAGGAAUUCUCCCUCAAUUAUUUUUCUAGAAUCCACUGUGUGUUUGAAAAACUGAGCCUAGGUCUUUAUUUUGGUUUUGUAAUUCUCAUCUGAAAAGAAAUGCUGGGAUGAAAACGGAAGCAGCAGUAUUUUUGUCCAUGGAAAGCCAUUUUUCUACACUUUCCAAUAGUCUUUUAAAACAGCUGGUUACUUUCUAACACACUGGGGGUUCUACGAUUCAUAAGAACGAGCAGACGACGGUGGGGACGGGUUUUAAAAGGCUCUGUUACCAUGACGAUCUGCAGCAGCUUGUUUGUCAUCUGAAUAAAUAGAUUUGCUAUUUCAUUUGGAUCCAGCACGUUUCUAGUGAAACAUUUAUAUUGAAAUGACCAAGAAGAAGAAGAAAAAAAAAGCAUAUGAUUAUUACAGCGCAGUUUAAUCUGUGGUCAGUGAUGCCCAGGAAGGCCGUCGGCUUCCCGGCAUUGAUCUGUGGUUGAGACGGAUGCUGCCUGUAUCUGUAUUCCUGUCACUGUAAAGUCUAGAUGUAGGAACUAUGUCACAACAACUGAUUCUUAAACUUGUGAAGAAACGCUAAAAAUUAGAUGCUUUGCAGAUUGUGUUUUCCCAGUGUAGUGAUGUGAGGAGUCAAAACUAAAGCUUAAAGCCUUUAUUUCCUCCGAUUCCUUAAGAGGUUUCAGGUUAGAAUGUUUAAAUCACUCGCUUAUAGAAGAAAAGGAGAUCCACAAAACAAACUCAUCACAAAUCUGUCAUUGCAGAUGUAUUUAUUUUCUUACUUUAGCUCUUUUGUCUGAAUUAUAAACACACGUGUAUUUUAAACAUUUACAAUAAAACACUUUGUACUGAA